AUGGAGCUGAAGGGCUUCAGACAUAAGACCCUUGGGUCUCUAUUUGGGCCUUUCUAUCCCGUAUUUCAGUAUUUGUCUCAGUCUGCAGACAAAAUUCGUUGUGUUCUAGAGCAGGUUUUAGCCUGCUCUGAGGAGAAAGCUUGGGCCCUCUUUAAAGGGAAGUUCAGGGAAGGUAUUGACAAACCAGACCCUCCAACCUGGAAGACAAGGUUGCGUUGUGCUCUCAACAAGAGCAAUGACUUUGAAGAGUUAGUUGACAGAAGCCAGUUGGAUAUCUCAGAUCCAUAUAAAGUUUACAGAAUUGUUCCUGAAGGGGCCAAAAAAGGAGCUAAACAACUGGGCUUGGAGGAUUCCCAGAUAAUUAUGAACCACCCUUUCCCAAUGCCUCCUCACUACACAUCACUACAAACUCAGGUUCCAAACUAUAUGAUGCCCCAUGACCGUAAUUGGAGAGAUUUUGUUCCGGAGCAGCCUCACCCAGAAAUACCCUAUCAAUGUGCAACUGUCCCUUUUGGACCUCGAAGUCACCAUUGGCAGGGCCCUGCUUGUGAGAAUGGUUGCCAGGUGACAGGCACCUUUUAUGCUUGUGCGCCACCUGAGUCACAGGCUCCUGGAAUACCCAUAGAGCCAAGCAUAAGAUCUGCUGAAGCCCUGGCCCUCUCAGAUUGCCGGCUCCAUAUCUGUUUAUAUUAUCGUGAAAUACUGGUGAAGGAGAUAACCACUGCAAGCCCUGAAGGCUGUAGGAUAUCUCAUGGCCAGAGUUAUGAUGCCAGUACCCUGGAUCAGGUUCUCUUCCCCUAUCCAGAGGAUAAUGUCCAGAGGAAAAACAUCGAAAAAUUGCUGAGCCAUUUGGAAAGGGGAGUCAUUCUCUGGAUGGCACCGGAUGGCCUGUAUGCUAAAAGACUUUGCCAAAGCAGGAUCUACUGGGAUGGACCCUUGGCAGUAUGCAGUGACCGUCCUAAUAAGUUGGAAAGGGACCAGACCUGCAAACUUUUUGACACACAACAAUUCCUAUCAGAGUUGCAAGUGUUUGCCCAUCAUGGUCGCCCUCCACCAAGAUUCCAAGUAGCUCUGUGCUUUGGAGAAGAAUUUCCAGACCCCCAGAGGCAAAGGAAGCUUAUCACAGCUCAUGUUGAACCAUUACUAGCCAAACAGCUCUAUUUCUUUGCUCAGCAAAAUAGUGGACAUUUUCUGAGGGGCUUUGAUUUACAAGAACAUAUUACCGGGCCAGAGGAUUAUCAUCGACCAAUUCGACAUUCCUCCAUCCAAGAAUGA